ACACAGAAUUCACAUCCACCGGCUUCUUCAUGCGGGAUACCGGAAGCUUAGUCAGGAAUCACGCGAAUAUGAGGGGCUCCACCGCCGGCAAUCGACGCCAACCGGAUGCGUCGCAUAAGGUUUUAAGCAGCCAGAGUGUGGGGAACGAGCGGUAAUAUGACUGUUUAGAGAAACAAAAAACGUGGGCUCGAUCCCACCCCGGCUAUCGAUGGACUGGCGCCCGCUAUAAAACUAUUUGCAAACACCCUCCCUCUGCCCGUUCACCACCUCGCUCUCUAUAAGAUCAUACGACGAUCUCUGCUCUCAAUUGUUUCAUCUCUCCUUCAAUCGCCAAAAUCAUCGUCAGAAACAAUGGGCUACACUAAAGUCGCUCCUCCUACGGCUCUUCCCAAGGACGAGUUCCCCAAGACGCUCUCUUCGGAUGAGGUCUACUCGAUUGCCGAGACCUGGCUCGCGUCUUUCAACUCUGCAGUCACGACCGCGGACGCGACCGCCUUUGCGGGCUUGUUUGCCGACUGCGGUAUCUGGCGCGACAUCAUCGCGUUCACAAACGACUACCGCUCGAUCCAAAAGGCAAACAUUCUCUCGGCUGCUGCCGCGCGAUUGGAAGAAGUCGCCGCUUCUGACGCGCAGCUCGCGACCCCCGCGCCUGUUCUCGCGCGCCCGUUCGACGACGUCGCCUUUAUCGAGCUCAACUUCACUUUCCAGACCAAGAUCGGUCCUGCGCUCGGAAUCACCAAGCUCAUUCCCCACGCUGGAUCCUACGCCGCCUACAUCGUCCUCACCUCUCUUGACGGCAUCCACGGCCACCCCGAGCGCAUUGGCGCCCACCGCGUCCGCGGCACGCACAACGCCAAGGUCUCUUACGACGACGCCCGCGCUGCCACUAUCGACGAUCCGCAGCCGGAUGUCCUCAUCGUCGGCGGCGGCCACAACGGUCUCACCGCUGCUGCGCGCCUCGAGCUUCUCGGCGUGAAGGCCCUCGUCGUCGACUCUUACAAGCGCAUCGGCGACAACUGGCGUCUUCGAUACCGCUCGCUCUCGCUCCACGAUCCCGUGCACGCCAACCAUCUCGCAUACAUGCCGUACCCGCCCAACUGGCCUCUCUUCACUCCCUCGGGCAAGCUCGCCAACUGGCUCGAGCACUACGCCGACGUCUUUGAGCUCCGCGUCUGGACCGAGUCCCGCGUCGACAACACAAAGACAAAGUACAACGCCGCGACCGACAAGUGGGACGUCACCGUCCUCCGCCAGGGCGUCGCGCACCAGUUCACCGUCUCGCACGUCAUCAUGGCUACCGGUCUCGGAGGCGGCUACGCCAAGAUGCCCAAGCCUUUCCCCGGCCAGGAGAAGUUCAAGAACCCGAUCGUGCACUCUUCCAAGCACACGACCGGUUCGCAGUGGAAGGGCAAGAACGCGCUCGUCGUCGGCGCCUGCACUUCCGCUCACGACAUCUCGCUCGACUUUUACAACAACGGCGUCGAGUCCGUGACCAUGCUCCAGCGCUCGCCUACCUUUGUCAUGUCUGUCGCCAAUGGCGUUCGUAUCGUCAACGGAUCGCUCUACUCUGAACAGGGACCUCCCACCGAGGUCGCCGAUCGUCUCGCCGAAUCGACUCCCAAGCUCGUCGCCAAGCUCUUCCACCAGCGCCUCGUUCCCCAGAUUACCUCGCUUGAUGCCGACUUGCUCGCUGGUCUCAAGAAGGCGGGUUUCCAGACUACUCUCGGCGAGGACAACUCUGGUUUCCUCAUGCUUGCGCUCCGAAAGGCGGGCGGAUACUACUACGACACUGGCUGCUGCUCCAAGAUCAUCGACGGUAGCAUCAAGGUCAAGAACGGCGAGAUCGACCACUUCACCGAGACCUCUGUCGUCUUCAAGGACGGCUCCACGCUCUCUCCCGACAUCGUCGUCUUUGCUACCGGAUACACUGGCUUCCCCGACACUGUCAAGGACGUGCUCGGCGAGGAGUACAAGCCUCUGGUGAAGGAGAUCUGGGGUCUCGACAGCGAGGGCGAGCUCAACGGUGUCGCCAGAGACUGCGGCAUUCCGCGGGUGUACUUCAUGGUCGGCGCGCUCUCCAACGCCCGGUUCACGAGCAAGAUCUUGGCUUUGCAGGUCUUGGCUGAGAGAUUGGGAUUGAUCAAGGAGCGCUUUUCUAUUGCUAAGCAUAUCGAGGCUGCUGCCUAAUCAAGAUGAUUGAAAGUUCUUUGUGUUGUUUUUUUGAACUGAGUUUUUACUAUUUGAGAUAAUGUAUUCAUUGCCUGCUAAAUUUUAUUCUUCUGAAUCUCCUC